GUUGAAUGAAUCUGUAACUUUGCGUGGAUUAUUUUUUUGUUACUGCAUCGCAGCGCAAUUUACUGCAUUUUCUCCAUUUAUUCACACGAUUUUACGUUUGUUUACUGUGCAAAUAAACUUCCGUAUAAUCUAUAAUAAGAAAAGUUCUUUGUGAUUGUGUGGUUCAAUUUUAUUUACUCUACAGGCGAGCUGCGAGAGCUCGGCGACACUCUUGAAUUAAUGAUUUGAAUCACAAUGAAAGCGCAUUUAAAAUAACUUGAAGCAGCUGAGGUGUGAAUAAUAGCGUUUGAUUACUGUGCUAGUGCGUUGUUUGUCGUAUAGAGAUGGCGGACAGUGGUACGUUUGUCGCAAAACCGGCGCGAGGUUGGCUACAUCCAGACUCUGUGCUCGCCAGCGAUGGUAUCACUUACGCAGUCAGGUACAUUGGAUGCAUGGAGGUAUUAACUUCGAUGAAGAAGCUGGACUUUGAAACCAGAUCACAAGUAGCAAAAGAAUGCAUAGCUCGGGUAUGCGCAGCGGCAGGUCUCCGGUCGGCGGACAAGAAGCGCCGCGUGUGCCAGGCUGCGGCGCGCGCUCUAGCGGCCCGCCCCCGCAUGUCUCACUCUGGGGAAAACGUCGCUCUAACCGUAUCCUCCAGAGCUAUCACCUUGGCAGCCCUAGAGGGCGGCGACACAGUGGCACGACACGAAAUGCCUAGAGUCUCAUUCGCUUCGGGCGGUGAUGCAGAUUCAUUAGACUUCGUCGCGUACGUGGCGAAGUCCGCACCACCCACAGAAUGGAGAGCGUGUUAUGUUCUGGAAUGUGGGGGAAGAUUAGCUCAAGAUGUCAUCGCUACCAUUGGACAGGCCUUUGAAUUGAGGUUCAAGGAGUUCUUAACGAAACCUUCACUACUGAAUGUAAACGGAUCCCGCAGCGGCUGCGCGGAGACGGCGCUGGACGACCGAGAGUACUACAACGACAUGCCGGACAAGAUGCCGCCCGACCCCGCCGCCGCCCCGCCCCGCCACCCGCCGCCGCCCCCGCUCGCGUCUCUAGCACCCAUAUCGUCUUGCGAGGAAAGCGUGCGGCAUUACGUGAACCAAACCCCGCCGCCGCGCACGCCACCAACUGCAAUGUUACCAAACCAUCACACCGACAUCUUUGACAUGCAGCCGUUCACAGCGACGCCGGUGAUGUCAUCAGCAGCGUCCUCGUCGUCCACGGGCUCGGCGUCAUCGCCGCCGGAGAGUGAGCCGCUGUCGGCCAAGGCUCAGGCGGCGUGGCUCGCGCGGGAGCCCUGGUUCCACGGGCCCAUCUCCCGGACCACUGCCGAGAAGCUGGUGGUGGAGGACGGCCAGUUCCUGGUGCGCGAGAGCGCGGCGUGCCCGGGGCAGUUCGUGCUGACGGGCGCCCGCCGCGGCGCGCACAAGCAUCUGCUGCUCGUCGACCCCAGCGGCGUGGUGCGAACCAAAGACCGCGUGUUCGAGAGCGUGCCACACCUGAUAAAGUACCACUGCACUAACGAGCUGCCCAUCGUCUCUGCGGACUCCGCCCUCCUCCUCCGUAGCCCCGUGCUGCGCACCGCCCCCUGAGCCCCACCUCCUCCGUAGCCCCGUGCUGCGCACCGCCCCCUGAGCCCAACCUCCUCCGCAGCCCCGUGCUGCGUACCGCCCCGUGAGCCCCACCUCCCCCUCCUCCUCAGCCCCGUGCUGCGCACCGCCCCCUGAGCCCCACCUCCUCCGCAGCCCCGUGCUGCGCACCGCUCCCUGAGCCCCACCUCCCCCUCCGCAACACCGUGCUGCCCAUCGCCCACUGAGCUCUGCCUCCCCCUCCUUCUGCAGCCCUGUACUGCGCACCGCCCCCUGAGCCCCACCUCCCCCUCCUCCGCAGCCCCGUGCUGCCCAUCGUCCACUGAGCCCCACAUUCCCCUCCUCCUCCGCAGCCGAGCCCCGCUUCCCCUCCUCCUCCGCAACCCCGUGCAGCCCGCCCCGCCGCCGGUUGGUUAAAAAGGUUUAAAGUUGAACAUGUUAGAAGCAAACACAUUGUAUAAUUUAAUCGCCGCACCGUUGUAUUUGUUACAUCAACAAAGUGAUAAAUAUAAUAAAUUUAAUUUCCAACAUGUACAUACAAAUAACAGACAGUUUUAGACGAUAAUAUUUUAAGUGGAUUAAAACAAAAAUAUUACUUCGAAUUGCGAAUCGAAAUCUUACCAUUGUUUAGGCAAAUGUAGUAAGUGAUUGUUCUAAAAUACUGUAAUUUUAAACAUCUUAAAAGCUUGCAGCUGGUUUAAUGUUAAAAUAUUCCAUAGCUCUUACCAAAAAAAGGUAUGAAAGCCAGCUCGUCUAGUAACUGCACCAAAUAAUAAAGCAUCUCUGCACUAUCGCAUAUCCACUACACGCAAGAGCCAUGCUACGUUGUUUUAUAUAUGGGACCUAAAACAACGCAGUUGCCACCUGCUGCGUCGUCGCAAUAGAGCACGACUGAGCAAUGGUGCACACAAAGAGAAUCACGAAAGAAUAGAAGCCAAAAGAUUGCGUUGUCUGCCUUAAUAUUUACCAAUUUGAUCGUUUGUUUCGUAAACUCUCGUACCACGCGCGUAACAAAUACAAUUUUAAGUAAAUUCGUAUAUCUAACACGGUUUGUAAAAUUCACUGUUUAGUAAGUAUAGUAGUAUAGUAUGAUAUAUGAAAAACAAAAUGACAAGAUGAAAUCCAAAAACUGCUUCUCCGUAUACUAAAAUAUAUACUCUAUAUUUCACUCACUGAUAGGUUAAGGAAAUAUAAAAAACAAAUGUUACCGCACAUUUUACUACUAAUUCUGUCCAAAUCUGUCUUGUAUUUCAUAAUCGCAUUUAUCACAUUCCACUUUACUAUUUUUCUAUUUCUCUUUUAUUGGGCUUAUUCUGAAGCGAAUUGAAAAAAAUACCAAAGCAAUGGAUUGUAUUUUAAUGAAUUUAUGAUGAUUGUAUGAUGUAUGAAUUUUGAUCUAAUGUGGGUUCCCGCUGUAAGAUAAAUAAAGUAAAUAUCAAAUAAUACUUAGAAAGAGGCUUCUAAGCGUAUAUCUUGAAUGUCGUCAAUAUUUACUUUAUAUUCUCUUCUGAUGGGGUUUGCAGCGGUCUCCCGAUUUAUUAUAUGACGAUGAAGUGUUUAAGAUUUAAUUUCACGUCAGCACUUUAGUUUGAAGACUGUUGCUACGAUAGACGGGUUAGGAAAAAGAGAGAUGGGCAAAGGGUGGUCAGAUUGAUGAUUGAAGAUUACUAAUUUCAUAGCAAUCAGACAUAAUUACAAAAAAAUAUCGUGAAAAAAUCAUGAUUAAUUAAUCUGACUCCUGUAGUAGUCGUGAUUAUUUUUCACUAGCGGUUUGGUUGGGUGGUCGUAAUGUACUAGUAUAUCCUUGUGUUUUUCGCUUACGGGAUGGACGGGUUGGUUUGAAUGGUUUUUUACUCCACUUUUAACUGCAUAGCCUUUGUCGCUUGGUGCUUUAUAACGAUAAUGACGUGAUUAUUGACCACCCAAUCUAAUGGGACUAGGACACAUGUGAAAAAGAAUCAAAAAAAAUAAUCAUGGACUUAAUUAUAAUGUAAUCCGAUUACAAUGAAUCGGAGUAUUACAUGUAAUCAUGAUUGCUUUUAAUCUGACCAUUAAUCAGAUUUCAAUGUAAGUGAUAAUGCCCAACUUUCGGAUUGGGCACCUCGCGCACUACACGAACAAGACUAUAUUCAAUCAUUUAAAUCUAAUUUUAAUGCGAUUAUAUUGUACAUAGUUUUGUCGCAAUAAGUGGACUGUGAACUUGACGUUCAUGUGGUUUCCUUAUAAUCAGGUUGCUGCCUUUGGCUAGAAUGGUGUUCGUUUAGGCGUGAGGUGCCUUAGGAAUAAAAUAAUAUUAACGUUAUAAUGUUAUAAUAUCUAACGAAGCUGUGCAAUGGAGAAGCCAAACUUAUUGAGUAACGUCUUAUUUUUAUACUUAUUGUAAAACAUCUAUUUUGCUAUACUCAUCUGUUUAUGAAUCCCAUUCCUGAUUCCAUGAUUUUAUUAUUGCUCUCUUUAGUAAUAACGAGAAGUAUGUUGAUUAUACAACGUAAUAACUAAUAGGUGCUAUAAAGGCUUACUUAAAUAUUUUAAUGUGAAUGUAGUGUAGGUAAUUAUUAUAUUGUACAUACGUCAUCACAAUGAUGGUAAUUAUACCCAAAUCUUAUUUAAGACUGUUUUGGAAUAGUUAAUUUCCAAAUCUGUAUUGCAAGUUGCAACAGCAUCGACUCAUUAAACUACAGCACUGUAGUUGAUAACGUUAUAUUGUGUCAUUUUGUAAUGCUUUAAUUCUUCUUUAUUAAGUAUGUCUAUGUUAUUUUCAUAUAACUUCGUAUAUAUUUUAGAAAAAAGAAGGAAUUUGAUAUAUAAAUAAGAAUAUUAUAAGGAUAAUUGUAGUUUUUGACAUUUUGUGGAGCAUACAUUUGUGCACGAAUACCUUAGAAUUAUAAUUAUGGUGUUAUAAGGACGAGGCAAGGGAUUAUUGUUGCGAAAAAACAAAUAAACACCCAAAGACAUUCCCACGAUGACUACCUCUCCUGAUGGAUGUGCAAAUUUUCAGUAAAGAAAUUUAUUUUACAUAUUUUUGACAGAUUCUAUUCGUAAUUAUUAGAUCGAUAAUUUUAGACAAUCAUAUAUAUUCAUCGAUCUCGUAUCUCUUACCUUCAAAUGUCAUCGCUGUUCGUUUGACACGCCACAACGCUGUUUUAUAUUCAGAAUUCAAAUAAAAAAAACUAAUUUAUUGAGAUCUUUAAAUUUGUGGUCUGAAGGUCUUGUUUAUUUUACUUUUGCGAGUGAAUAGAUGAUAAUUACAACCUGUAAUAAAUGCGAAAGACUCUGAUUUUAAUAAAAUUUUGAAUAGAUAAUGAUAAGACUUCAACCAUAGGCUACCACGGGGCGAAGCUGCGGUAAUAAGUACAGAUUUCAAUGUGAUAACGCCCAACUUUCGGAUUGGGCACCUCGCGCACUAUACGUACAAGAAAUAAUCAUUUUAACCGAAUUUUAUUGCUGUAGUAAUUUGAAUAAAUCAAAUUAAAACGAAUGUGCGUUUCAAUGGGAAUAAUUAUGAAAGAUUUCAUACCUAGUUUAUUUUAUGAGAAAAUCCCUUGUUCUCGCCCAGCGCAAGUUAACGUUGAAAUGAUCUUGAUAUAGUUUAUAUACAAUAUGUUAAUCUACUUUAUGUAAAAUUACGUGUAUCGAAAUGAAAAUAUUAAUGUGAUUUUAUAAUAAAAUAUUUUGAACAUA